AUGUCGUGGCUCUGGAAGGGCGACGCGAACUCCCCUGCCUCGUUCGAAAAGGCUCUGUCGAAGCUCUCCUCCCAAAUCACCUCCGCAAACCUCGCCCUUGACACCAGUCGAAGUCGCGGGCGUCGAGUCAAGGCCCUGUGGACACUCUACACCACCCUGACUUACCUCCUCUACACCCUGGUCAUCGUACUUGUGCUCGGCCCGCAAAACUGGUCAUUAUAUCACUAUUCUGGUCUCAUUGGAGCACCAGUCUUGAUCUACGCUAUUCGAUCAUUGGUGACCGCAUUCUUUGACUGGAGAAUCAGUCGUCAACAGUCAUACCUAGACCACUUGCAAAAACAAAGAGAACAGAAGAUUACCGAACUCAAAAAGGCUACCAAAUAUGAUAGCACGCAAGAACUGCUACAGAAAUAUGGCGGCGCCCCUCCAGCCAAGACACCUUCGAAGCAACCACAAGGCGGCAAAAGAAGAAUCAAUCCUCCAGAGAAGCCGCCGGCUCAGAGGACUGGAAUUGCUCCUCCGCCCACGGCGAACAUUCCAGGCCGUAAUCUUCCACCAGGAAACAGUACUCCCCUGUCUCCGGCUCACGGACGGGCACCGCUUACGGCGCCCAUGAUUGUACAAAGCCCCACGGACAUGAGACCUGAGUCGCCAGGAUUUGCUCCGAACGCUUUUCCACAGCCCCCACCACCGAGUACGGCCUAUGACCACACCCCUCACUGGUAUGAUCGCAUUCUAGAUGUCCUACUGGGCGAGGACGAAACCGCCGCCAAGAACAGGCUCGUGCUGUUAUGCUCUAGAUGUCACCUGGUCAACGGCCAGGCACCUCCAGGAGUGAAAACACUGGAAGAGCUGGGACGAUGGAGGUGCAGUAGCUGUGGUGCUUGGAAUGGGGUUGAAAGCGAAGGCGCAAAGGUGGUCAAAGAGAUUGCGGCCGCGGCAGCUACCAAGAGGGACCAUGGGGAAGAAUGGGAACAAGUUCCACAAGCUACGGACAAUCUCGAAGAAUUCGGUGAAGAAUUCAAAGAGGAAGAGGCAGAGGCUGCCGAUUACAACACACCGAGCACGACGGGGCGAGAUGCGGCCGAGGACAGGCACGGGGGUCUAACAAAACGAGCCACCCGCAGUGCAGGGAAGAAAACCUCUCUCGAGUCUCUAGAAUGA